CCCCUGGUGUCCCUCUGAGCCGGGAGCUUGAGAGGCAUCUCCUUCCGGAAUCUCACGAACCGAACGCUGAUAUUUUUUAGAAUGCCUGGCCAGGGCUUCGUUCCCUAGCUGGGUUUCCUUUCCCUUCUACACAUACCAAAAAGAAAAACCCAUGCUCAGGGCUUGCUGAAUUAAUGAACCACUUCCCUUAUCUAUUUUUCCUGUUAUCUAAUUCUGGAGGGAAGCUGGUUGCUGGGAGGGAGCUGGAAGACAGGACUCACAACGUCUCCCUCCCACGGACUGAGGACAGCCAGGAGAGGCAGGCCCAGGCUCCGGGCUGCCCCUGAGAGUUUGCUCCAGCAGGCUUGGGCCUGAGGUGCUCAGGGACACUGCUCUCACCAUGGGAGCGCGGCUGCAGCGAGCGGAAGGAGCCGCCCGGCCCUCGGCCGUGGAGCCAGACCCCCAGGCUUUGCCCGCGCCGCGCUGACCUGGACGCGGCCCGCAGGCCCGUGCACUCGGCCACCUCUCCCCUGCCGCGCCCGUCCACGCCGCCGACCUCCGGGCCGGGCGGAGUCGCCCUCCCGCGCCGCCGGCCGGAACCAGCGGACUCUGCGGGGCUCUCCCGCGUACAGCACAGCCCGGCCUCCGGCCCGCCGCUGGAUUGAGGACGCUUGCGUUUCCGAGCGCUGCGGUUUUCCCGCGCGGACUGUGGUCUCCGUGUCCGUGGCAGCCCUCGCCGGCCGCCGCCUCCGCCGGCCCCUUCGACGGCCCGGUGCUGCACAGCCUGCCCGGCCGGGCCAACCCCGCCGCGCGACACCCCAACCUCGUAGAUAUGUUCGAUGACUUCUCCGAAGGCAGGGAGUGUGUCAACUGCGGGGCCAUGUCCACGCCUCUGUGGAGGCGGGACGGGACGGGCCACUACCUGUGCAAUGCCUGCGGCCUCUACCACAAGAUGAACGGCAUCAACCGGCCCCUCAUCAAGCCCCAGCGCCGGCUGUCCGCCUCCCGCCGAGUGGGCCUGUCCUGCGCCAACUGCCAGACGACCACCACCACGCUGUGGCGCCGCAACGCCGAGGGCGAGCCCGUGUGCAACGCCUGCGGCCUCUACAUGAAGCUCCACGGGGUCCCCAGGCCUCUUGCGAUGCGAAAAGAGGGAAUUCAAACCAGGAAACGGAAGCCCAAGAACCUGAAUAAAUCGAAGACACCAGCAGGUCCUUCGGGCAGCGAGAGCCUUCCUCCCACCAGCAGCGCUUCCAGCAACUCCAGCAAUGCCGCCAGCAGCAGCAGUGAGGAGAUGCGCCCCAUCAAGACGGAGCCCGGCCUGUCCUCUCACUACGCGCACAGCAGCUCCAUGUCCCAGGUGCGCCCGCAGACAUUCGCGGUCAGUGCUGUGUCUGGCCACGGGCCCUCCAUCCACCCGGUCCUGUCGGCCCUGAAGCUGUCCCCGCAAGGCUACACGUCACCUGUCAGCCAGUCGCCGCAGGCCAGCUCCAAGCAGGACUCUUGGAACAGCCUGGUCUUGGCUGACAGUCACGGGGACAUAAUCACUGCGUAAUCCUCCCCGCUCCUCAAGUUCCUGCACGGACCUGGGACCUGGGGGUCCCCUGGGGUCACCCCUCUGUCUGGGAGUGACUCUGGAACAGCUGGGAAGAACUUGAAGUCAGUGAUGGCUUGGGGAAGUUGAGGCUGGAUUUCCCCAGGCGCCUUCCGGGGCGGGGACUGGAAGGAGACGCACCCUGACGCAGAGCACCGGGCCGAGGUGAAGACUCCUUUCCCACUUCCGCCCUGAGUGGCACAGGACGUCGUCCGCCCCUGCUUCCCUCCACUGUGGUCCCGGUAGUGGUUUCCUCACUGUGUCCCCAGCACCAGGGCUUGAGGGCAGAUGUCGGGGCCAGUGCCUGGGACCCCCUGCGGCCAGCACAGGGCCUGUGCCAGAGGUGCAUGGGAUGCGACAGCCCCUCUGGCAGCCCCUGCCCUCGCCCAACACUCCCCUGAGGCACGAGCGUACCUGCACCCUCCGAUACCAGAUCCAGCUCCAGAAACCCUGGAGGCGAAGCUGAUGUCCUGAGCACUUCCCGGGCCCAUCGGCCACCGCGUGGGGUAGCACCAUCCAUUCGCUACUUGGCAGGGCCUCCCCUCGCCCUCCUCACCCCAGGACCUCUGACAGGAAAAUCCCUGUGCAAACAAGAGCUCAGUGAGUGCUGGAACAGCACCUCAGGCCUGUCCCAGCUUCUCCGUUCACCCAGCACACACGGAGAGUCCUGAGGAGCAGCGAAACAUCCUCCUGCUAAGGCAGCUUCAGCGGAUGCUCAUCUGUGCGCUGCCCUCCCUCUGGAGGGGCACCCGGUGGGCACCGUCCUGCUCUGAGGAGGACUCCUUCCUGCCUGUCCGCCUCUGAGCCUGCCAGGGCCACCGCGUCCCCCAGAGCCUGGGUUUGCGUGCUCGCGUUCGCAAGAUCAGUUCAAAAAGCAAGCAAACAACAAAGCAGAACUCGUGGAAAGCGAGAGACCGAUCUGAGAACACCCAGGGAGGGCGCCGAGGGAAGGCGUGUCCUGUGCCUACCCUGGGCGUGGCCUCGCGUCCCCUGCACUGGCCUCAGGCAGCCUUCCUCCUCCUCCUCCCCGUUACCCACAGAGCUGUAGCUGACUGUGGCAUUACUUCAUCCUUCCCUAAACGUCUGGCCCCACCCCGGAGCCUUACCGGCCGUCGCAGAGAAUAUCUUUGAAGCAAGAUUCUGUUUUAAUCAUCAUUUACACUGUUUUCUCCCUGAAGGCCUCCUUCCUGUACCUCCCUAACCCACAAACCUGUUAACAUUGUCUUAAGGUGAAAUGGCUGUAAAAUCAGUAUUUAACUAAUAAAUCUAUCUGUAUCCCUCUG